GUAGUCAUAUUUUUCUAGAUUCAAUGCAAAGCAUAUUGAAAUGUUAUAAUUUCGUUGUUUAUUUAUGUCAGUUUAUUUUAAAUUAAUUAUAUUAUUGAAAUUGAUACAUCAUAACAAAUCUUCGAUAUACAAUAUUUCGUCGACUUAUUUAAUAUUUGAGGAUAAAGAAGUAUUAUGCAGAAUUAAAGCUAUUGAGUGCUUUUACAUAAAAUUUGAUUGUAUUGUUGAUGUCUCAGUAUAAUGGAAAAAUUGAUAGGAAUUCAUCAAUUAAAAGAUAUACUUAAAAAUUUUCCAAGAAAUAUAAAGUUUUGUUUUGCAUAUGGAUCUGCAGCAUUUAAACAAUUAAACAAUGAAUCUAACAAUAUGGUGGAUCUUAUAUUUGUUGUUCGUAAUGUAAACCAAUGGCAUGCUGAAAAUUUAAAACUUAAUCCUAAACAUUAUGCUCAACCAUUAAGAUUUCUUGGACAUAAAGCAAUUACUAAUGUACAAGAAAAAUGGGGUGCUAAAGUAUAUUAUAAUACAUUAGUUAAAAUGAAAGAAGGAUAUACUAUCAAAUAUGGUGUUGUUUCUGAAGUGUCAUUAGUAGAAGAUUUAUUAGAUUGGACUGAUAUAUAUUUAGCCGGAAGAUUACAUAAACCAGUUAAAAUACUUAUGGAACCAAAUGAAUAUUCUCAAUUAACUACUGCUUUAGUGCAAAAUUUACAUUCAGCUGUACAUGCAGCUUUAUUAUUACUUCCACAGCAUUUUACAGAAAUUGAUUUUUAUAAAACUAUCACUGGCUUAUCUUAUAAUGGUGAUUUUCGAAUGACUUUUGGUGAAAAUAAAGAAAAAAUUAAUAAUAUUGUUCUGCCUCAGUUGACAUACUUUAAACAAUUAUAUAGUCCAAUUUUACAACAUUUUGAAAAUUAUGUUGAUAUUCCAAAAUCUGACAAAAUGGCUGUCAUAUGCCAUCAAGAUAUAAGUCCUGCAACAAAAAUACAUCAUUUAAAUCAAUUACCAAGAAUACCACAAGUUAAUCUUGUUAGAGCAUGGUCUCAAGGUCCAAGAUCAAAAGAUACUGAAGAUUGUUUACGUGCAAUAGCUUAUGAUCCUGAUUGUGGAGAAAUAUUGGAAGAAUGUUUAAAAGAAAUUAUAUGGAGAUCUAGUAUUUCUCAAAGUCUAAAAGGAAUUGCAACUGCUGGAUUUGUGAAAUCUAUUCAAUACAGUACAACAAAAAUAAUGAAGAUGUUACAAACAAGCCCACAGAUAACUUCCCUUCCAAAACUAGAAUCAAGUCAAAGUAAAGUUGAAAGAAUAAUGGAAAGUGUGAAGAACGAAACUCAAUCAAAGGAAACAGAUAAACGCGUAGAAUAGUAAUUAUCAUACUCAUACUUUAAUUCUGUCAUAUGUACUAUGUUUUAUACAAAUGUGUUUUAAAUAAAGUUGUUAUUUAGUUAAA